UGAAGCCGCCGCCGCCAGCAUCAUUAGAUCUCGACUCUGAAAACGCGGACUCCACCGUGACCCGCAAUCGUACCCAGCUCUACAACGCACCCUCUCUCUCUCUCUCGCUUUCUCUGGAUUCAGUCAACUAGACUGGAGAAGAGCAAGAGCCGAGAGGGAGGGAUGGAGUCCGAUUUCCCGAUUCGCCGACGCCGGCGAAGAAGCUCGGAUCGAUCCGGCAGUAUCCUCUUGCGCGCUUCGCCAGGAUAUGAGUAUUUAAAGCAUCAUGGAACAAUAUCUGAUUCUGCUUGCAAUAAUACCUUUCAGAGAGAAGAAAGUUCUUACUGCCAAAGCUCAUAUGACAAGACCAGUGUAAAAUCAAGAAGCAUGCUCAUGGAUAAAGAGUUGAUGAGAGAAGAAGAAAUUAGGUGGUCAUCAGGUGUAAUUGCCAAGUUAAUGGGUCUUGAUGAACAAAUUCCUCAAAGGCUAGUCCACAAGCGAAAGAGAGUCGCUGAUGGUUUCACUCAGAAACUAUCGGUUGCAGGCAUUCAAGGGAAGUAUCUUAUUAAAGACGAGCAUUUGUUUCACAUGAAUAUGGCUGAUCACCAUGAGUUCAAUGACAACAAUGAUGCACUGGAAACAGUUGAAGUUGAGAGAGAAAAGAGAAAAACAGUUGCCAAGGCCUUACCAAGUUUAAGACAAUACAACUUUGAUAUAAGUAAAGAAUGCAAGAGUAAUGUGAGCUCUCCAGGCCAAAGUUCCAUGGAUGCAAUGGAAAUCCCAAGUAACAAAUUAUACAAGAUGGCUAACAAAUCCGGCAACAAUAUGAGCAGGCAAUAUUCUAGAGAACAUCAUUUUCUAAGAUUUCAGAAGGAACCAAAUUUCAGGUGGCUUGCUCCCUCCCAUUUAGAAAGCAAGAAAGCAAUUUCCGAGUCACAUACUUGUAUAAGUACUACUGGUGAAGUAUCCAGUCCACUGAACAGGAUCACAGAUAGGUUUCCUCAUAUGAAGAAAGAUGGUAUGUGCUACUUUCAGAGACCAAUGACUUGUAUGGCUAGUUCCUCUCCCAUCCACCCCAGUGUUUCAUUUUCAUACAAGUUAUCACAACAACAUGCCGCUAGGAAAAAUCGCAAAUGUAUUCAUCACAAUCAUAGUCGUGUAAAGCCUAAUAAUGAUAGAUCCCUUGUCAAUGGACAAAUGUUCUAUGUAACAACCCCUGAGAACUUUUGGUCUGCUCGUAGAAGGCGGACUGCUCAACCCAGGAUUAAAGAAACCCACAAUCAAGGACAAAAUCUGAAGAACUUCUCCCUUAGCAUGGAAGGUUUUGGUUGCAGGGAAAUAGCUAGAGAAACUACAGAAGAACUGAGAGAAUCUAUUUGUAGAGAUAAGAAACACAUGCCCAUUUUUGGUCUUAACAUACUCUCUGGGAAUGGCAGCUCAUGCACUAUGCCUGACAUGAGAAAUCUACUGAACUCUGGGACUUUCAGGAGAUCUUCUGGUUAUUUUGAAGACUGGAGUAGCAACCAUGACCCUGGGUUAGCUUAUUCAGUUAAAUCUAGGGGAAGUGAAGCUCAGAAAAAUCUACCAAAAUUGAAGAUGACUAACUAUAUUAAGGAGGGACAUUAUAAUAUUGGCUCAAGUCAAUCUGCUGAAUAUUGUCUUAAGUCUGAUAUGGAGAGAAAAGGCAAGGCAUAUAAUUCCUCGGCAGUUCAUAGUUUUUCAGAUGAAAAGCCAAGUAGCACACGAGCAUCAUGUGACUCUUAUAUGACUGUUAGCCCCCGAAAGUGUUUGGAUGGAAGAUUCUUCUUAAACUUACCGAAACCUACAAUUGUUCCAGUUCCAUCAACAGCUAUUGGGAACCAAAAUGCGAGAUUACAUCAAUCCAAUAGCCAACGGUUUUGCUCAGUUGAUGAUGUGCUGACAUUGAGACCUACAAAAAUAAACCAGAUAGGAAAUCUUCUGUCAAAAAGCAUCAAAAGAAGAAAUCACAAGCUUGACUAUAACUUGCACAGGCACGAAAAGAACAGCUCUACUAGGGAAAUACACAUGGCGCAAGAGAAUAAAACAACAGCCGUGCCUAUGAAAGCAUCUUCUAAAGGGAACUAUAAACUGCUUUAUGUUCCUAGCUCUGCAGAUAUGGAUAUGUUCCUGAAAACUACAAUGGAAUUGGAUAAGUUGUCAACUGAUAAAACAAAUUCUAAAAAUAUCAAAGUAUCCAACACUGACAUGAAGGACCUCUCAUCAGACCAUCUUCAAGUUGAUUGUGACUUUCACAACCAUGAAAGAAGGAAAAAGGCUUCACAAUCAUGCCUAGUUUUUGUACCUGAGGCUCCAGUUAGAGAGGAUGACUCGGGAAUUUCCAUAACUCAAAAUAUAGAUCUCCAUGGGCAUCCAAGCAAAGAAUUAACCUCAAUCUCACAGAAUCCUGGUGUUAAGUCCUCAAAAAUGCUUAGACUAAGUAAUGAAGACAGCAGAGAAGAAUCUGAUCUGAUUCCACAGAGUAUUUAUCUAGAAGAGGACUUUAUGGAUAAAGAGGAGAGGGACUACACCUACCUACUUGAUAUACUAUUUGUUUCUGGUAUUCACAGUUCUAAGCAAAACAAUUUGUUCAAUGCAUGUCAUUUACCAGAAUAUCCAGUGAACCCAACCUUAUUUGAAAAGCUUGAGAAGAAAUUUGGUAAGUUGGUCUCAUGGUCAAAGUCGGAAAGGAAGCUAAUGUUUGAUAUGACAAACUCAACCCUGGCAGAGAUCCUUGCUCCAUGUAUGGACCCACUUCCAUGGGUUAAUUCAAUAAGAACAAUUGGACCUAUGUGGAGUUCUGAGGGGCUCAUUGAGAGAUCAUGGAAAAUUUUGGUGAAAAAACGUGCGGAACUUAGUUUUGGUAAUGCCGAGGAUAAAGCUCUGGACUUCAAGUGGUUAGAUUUAGGCGAUCACAUAAAUGACAUAGGGUGUGAGAUAGCAAGGCUGCUGAAGGAGGAACUUCUGGAAGAACUUGUGGAAUUUAUCCAGGGAUAGACUCCUUGAAUCAAAUUGUGGCGGCGAAAGCUAUGUGGGGAACAGAUCAUCAGAUUUUCCUAAUUGGAUAAGCAUAUAGAGAUGCCACUGUUUGGCUAUGCUUAGAUGAAUGUCUUGGCUACUAGGAAGCUUUACUUCUUGCUGGUCCACUGAGAAUUCAGGAUUUAGUCAAUGGCAAGUGCAAGAGUCAUCCUACAGGCAACUAUAAAUGGAGAUCUUUACACAGUAUACAGCAAAUAACUAAAUACUCAAAAAUGAUGCUGGAUUGUGCAGAGAUUUUAUAUGGUAUAUGGUGGCAGUAAUUUUCGUCUUACCAUUGCUCUUUGAUAAACAUUCGUCCUGUCCAGACCAUUAUAAGGAUGUCUAUCAAUGGUCAGGUAGCUUCAAGAUCCUAGUUUUUUAGCCCCAUACAAAUAUAUUAGAUUAAAGAAAUAUCAGGUAGGAGUUUUGUGAAACAAUAGAAUGGUCAGAGUUAGUCGCAAACUCAUGUUUUUCGCCAGAAAGAAAAAAAGGUGGUGGUGUGGUAAAAGUGAAUCAAUCAUAGUAAUGAGCUGUGAGUAUUUUUAGACCAAGUUUGGUUUUGGGCUUGCACAUGAAGAUAUUCCUUUAAAAAAAAACGCCCCAGAUUGCAUUCUGAAUUCAGAGACCCCUUCUUUAUUAUUAUUUUUUUUUUUUGGAUAAUGUCACAAUGAUAGUUGGUCUUCAGUAUUGUAUGGAUAUUGAUAGUGCAAUAAUAUCAGUAUUGAUCUUCUUUAUAGAGUGAA